AUGCUCAUUUCAAAAUAUUGGGAAAAAAUGAAAAGUAUUUUUGCUAAUUUAUUAUAUUGUAAGUAUAAAAAGCGUGCAUCUUCAAAUAAGCCAACGCGAACUUCCUACAAAAUUAGCGGAUAUUCAGAAAAUUUAUAUUUUAGUUUUAUCUUCUUGAACAUCAAGGACUUAAAAACAAACUACAUCUACCCAUGCUACUACCUCAUUGUGCGUGAAGGGCAACAGCAAAUUUUUGAUGCGCGACCUCAUGAAGUAACACGAUAUCUACCUGAACAUGAUGUUUACUUACGAUUUCUGACGAAGGAAAUUGAAUCUUUAAAAGUUAAGCAGAGGGAUUUAGAAAGGAGAGCAUGCGAGAUAGUAAUGCCACCAAUCCGAACCCAGCGAAGUGAUGGCGUAGAUAAGGAUGGUGGUUUGAAUAAGGAUCCUGAUAAUACUGAUAAGGAAGACGAAAUGAAGAAUAAAUCUGAUGAAAAGGAGAAAAGUACUAUUCCUGAAUAUUUAGUUAAGGCUUUUGAAAAGUUGAUCGAGAAAUGUGACCGUGAAGGGACUUAUUUCUCUACACUGUAUUCCUGA